CAAACUUCUACCAUAUAAUGUAAAUAAUUCAUCAAACCUCGAGUGCAUGUAACGAUGUUGAAGACAAGAAUGAUGUUUCAUUUGAUGUUAUCAAUGAUAAUCGAAGGCGUCGUGAUGAAGGCGGUGAUAGGUGAGGUGUAUAGCGUGGGUGAUUCUCAGGGUUGGACGAUUCUUGUUGAUUCAAGUUACUCGACUUGGGCAUCAUCAAAAAGUUUUCGUGUUGGUGAUACUCUUUUGUUUCAUUAUAACCCAACUGCCCACGACGUGAUGCAAGUGAACCAACAUGGUUUCCGAUCAUGCAACAUAACCACACCGUGGAAAACCUACAAAACUGGUAACGACUCAUUCAUUAUUAAGGCGCCCGGGCAUUACUACUUCAUAUGCAGUUUUCCAAGCCAUUGUGAAGCCGGCCAAAAGCUCGAUGUUAGGGUCCUUAAAAUGAGUUAUAAUCUAACCACCACUCCACGCGCAAAUGUUAGCUCACUAGUGCCAAUGAGCACCACCGGAUCAAGGUCGGUUGCAACACCUGCAACCGACCCUAACCAUUUGCUUAGGAGUUUGUCCAUAGUUUUUGCUGCGAUUUGGGUCGAUUUGUUAUAGUUUAUCUCAGCAUUAGUUAUCGUGCUUUAAUGUAGUUUUUAUUUAUGAUAUAUGAUGCAUUGUUACUAA